GUGAGACGGCAGCGGUUGUACCUCGGGUCCGGCCGAGCUGCCCGCCGCCGCGGCGGCGCUUGAAGGGUGCUACGAAGUAAGGGUCUCCUCGGGCACCUGGGCGCGCUGCCCGACUUCCGUGAGCACCCUGGCCGCGCGUCCGCUCCGGAUUGAGAACAGGACGGUAAGGUUGCGAAGAUGGUACAGUCCCCUCUCCUGUUGCUGAUGCUGGCAGACUAGAGUUUGAGAGCGCGUGAAAUCUGUUGCUGCUGCACUCACUAUUCAAUGUUUCAAACCGAUCCAAGGAAGUAACACUCUCCUCUUUGGAGAGGCCAUAAAAUGCAUGUUAUGAAUUGUCUCUCCUUGGUCAAUGAUAAAGAAAAUGGGGCUAUUCCAGUCACAACGGGAUUAAUGAACGAGGAUACGACAACAGCACCUCAGCUUUCUCAGCCUGCAGCACCGCUGCCCCCUCCGCCAUGUCCCCUCGCAGGGGCACCCGCAGCCCCUCCGCUCCCCCCGGGGAUGCCACCACCACCACCACCUCCUCCUCCACUGCCUGGGCCAAAUGUACCUCUGCCUCCACAGCUGAUAAAUGGGCACGACAGCCACGGCAAAAAGAAACGGAUGCGGAGUUUUUUCUGGAAAACCAUCCCUGAGGAGCAAGUCCGUGGUAAAACCAAUAUCUGGACGAUUGCUGCAAGACCGCAGUAUCAGAUCGACACAAAGACAAUUGAGGAGCUUUUUGGGCAGCAGGAAGAAACCAAGCCCCAGGACCUCCGAAGUCGGUCUUUAAAGUCUUCAUUUAAAGAGACUAAAGAGGAGGUUUCCAUUUUGGAUGCAAAAAGAAGUAUGAACAUUGGGAUAUUUCUCAAACAGUUCAAAAAGUCUGCUGAAUCCAUCAUUGAAGAUAUUUAUCAUGGAAGAAGUGAGCCCUAUGGUUCUGAACUGCUGCAUGAAUUUCUUAAAUUAUUACCAGAAGCAGAAGAGGUAAAGAAAUUAAAAGCCUUUGAUGGAGAUGUAUCAAAACUGUCUCAAGCUGAUUCCUUCAUGUAUUUACUAAUCCAGGUGCCAAACUACGCUCUUAGGAUUGAAGCCAUGGUGCUAGAGAGGGAAUUCUCACCCUCCUGUGCUUCUCUACAGGAUGACAUGAAAAUUAUAAGACGGGCAACAAAAGAGUUAAUGACUUGUGAGGAACUGCAUUCCAUAUUGCACUUGGUCCUUCAGGCUGGGAAUAUUAUGAAUGCGGGAGGUUAUGCUGGCAACGCUGUUGGAUUUAAACUCUCGUCACUGCUCAAGCUGGCGGACACAAAAGCAAACAAACCUGGGAUGAGUCUGCUGCAUUUUGUUGCUCUGGAAGCCCAAAAGAAAGAUGCUGCUCUUCUUAGCUUCUCAGAAAAAAUUAGGGAUGUUCAUGAUGCCGCCAGGUUAUCCGUUGAUAAUAUAGAAGCAGAGCUCCACUCGCUGUCUUUCAAGGCAAGAUCUGUUAAAGACAGCAUUCGGCGAGACCCAAAACUCUUUCACCAGAUGGAAAGCUUUCUCCAGUUUGCUGUAAGACAUCUAAAGGAGCUUGAACACCAGAAACAAGAAUUACAAAAGGAGGGAAAUGCUCUUAUUGACUUUUUCUGUGAAGACAAAGAAACUAUGAAGUUGGAUGAAUGUUUCCAGAUAUUCAGGGAUUUCUGCAUAAGAUUCAACAAGGCUGUUAAGGAAAAUAGGGAACGAGAGAUCCAGGAACUUCAUAAUCUGCAAAGGCGAAAGGAGCUGGAGGAGAAGCGUCGAUCCUGGGCAGCUGGAGAGCUUGGGAGCUUUGGGCGGAGCAGCAGUGAAAAUGAUGUGGAGAUGUUGGCCAAAAAAGGACUUGAAGAAUUUCUUCCCUUCUUGCAGCAGAGAUCGCAAAGCCCUUCGUACAGAAACCCCAAUUCUAGACGCUCUCGACUUUCUUUGGGGAUUACUGCAGACAGGGAGUUGCAGAGUUUCCUAGAAAUCUCAAAAGAUGAGGAUCCAAACAAGUUUAACAGCCUUCCUCGUGCAAAUACCCGACAAGCAAGACCAAAUGUAGCCUGGACUGAAUCCAAAGAAACAAGAGAUCUCAACUUAAAUACAUUGCACUUAGACCAACAGUCUGAAAUUGAAGUGAAAAGUGGUGGCCUACUCCAGGUUCCUCCAGCUCAGCCCAGUCACUUCAGCAGCUCAAGCGGUCCUGGUACCCGUUACUCACAAAGAAGCACCGACUACAGUGUGCACACUGCCAAUGUGUCCUGCGAGGAGUCCACAGAUAUAAAUGCUCUGGCCCUUGCAAUUGAGGAGCGUGAGCUUGUUAAAGGAUUACAUAAAUUUGAUAUUCAAGGAUCGAAGCCUGCAGAGGAAACACCUUUAAUCUAUUUGGAGGAUGCUGGUGGAACAGACCUGGAGACUCUAGAUGAUCUAAGCUUUCAUUCCCUUAGCACUGCCGAUGAUGACCUGCCUCCAGCUUGCAGAAGUUCCAGAGAGGCCCGUGACCAUAAAGCCAAAGCAGUGGGUUGCAAGAGUGAAGCUUCAGAGCCCAGCAGUAGCAGCCCCGUAUCUAUGGAUACAAGCGUUUCAGGAAGCAGGGAAGAUGGGCCGAUGUUCUAUGUGUCAGACACAACAACUGAUUGUUCUUUGACACUGGACUCUGAAGAGGGAAAUGACUUUAAAUCUGCAGGCAAUGAAAUAAGAAUUGGGGCUGGCAAAGCACGCUCUUCUGGGAAUAAUGCUCAAUACAGGGCUAGAACAUUCUUCUCAAACAUGAAUUCUGCUUCUGCCAAGGAUCUUCACACUUCGGCAAAUGAUAAGGAUGAUGCCAAUAGCAAGCAUGCCCUUCCUAAAGAAAAGCCCAUAAAAAACAGAGACUCAGCAGGACCAAAGAGAAACUCUCUGAAAGAUAGAUCUCCAAGCUCCUCGAAGUCCAGUGGCACUCGCUCUAGCCACACAGCUCCUUCCAGGCCUGUAAGAACUUUGAAUGCCUCUGAGAAUGAAAGUAUGAGGAAAGUGGUGCCCAUUUCUCGGUCAAACAGAGCACCGAGCAGUGUGAAAAAGCCAGAAGCCAAGCCAGCACCUCGUGAAACUAGCACAGUGGAAAGCCGGCUCUCGCACCGCAGCUCUGUCCGAGGCACAACAGACACACUGCCAAGAAGUCCUUACAGGCACAGCAUGUCAGUAGAAGAGCCAAGGUUACAAAGAGGCACUUUCACCUCGAGCAGUGCCCAUUUUGAGAGGGACAGAGUCUCUCUUAAGAAGCCAAGCUCUAAACCUGUUAGGAGUAAUGUCAAAGCAAAGACAGAUGAAAUAAAGAUGUGUCGCUCCAGUGUAAAACCCCAGACCCCUACAGAUGACACCAAGGUUGCCACAGUCAGUGUUCCCAAAACACCAUCUGCUGUCCCAAACUUUGCAAGGAAUACAGUGGCUUCUUCUUCAAAGCGUGCGAAAGUGGAUCUGUCCACCUCAUCCAGACCUCCAACCAUCACAAGGUCUGUGUCCCAGCGGCUGCCUAAAGCGAAGCCAGCAGUGACCUCUGAUGAUCCAAGUCCAAAGGAGAACAAUGUGAGUACCUUAAAGAGAGCAAGUAGUGCCAGAGUGGUUGGAAGAAGCAUCCUGCAGGGAGAAGCCGUCAGCACUAAAGUAGAGCCUGCACCGAAGGAGCAAGGAGCAGGGGAGAAGGCCUCUCUUAAACUGAAAGAUGCAAACCGGACUGCGAUUGGUAAAAUAUUGAAGCCAUUACUGAAAUAAGGGAGAGGGGUUUUUUGACUCGUGGAAUGUGAACUCUUGUUCAAGCACUGGAUGUCUGUAUGGUGAAAUUCCUUGAAAACAGUAACACUGUUGCUAAGCAUCAUCGUGUGCUCUUUGAAAUUCAGCACACCGUUGGAAAAGGGCAAAUAGUUGUGUUCUGGUCUAAAUCCUUUUUUAUGAAUCUGAAUGUAUUUGAAGCUACUGUGAUGGAACGCGAGCGUACCAGCAAAUCUGUGCAUAUUUGUCAUACAGAAGGUCACCAAAAGCCAAAUUUUUUAAGAAGUUAAACUACAAGAUGAAAAGCUUUGUGACAGGAAACAUGGAUAAAGGCCAGUUUUUGUGUACAUAAGAUUCUUCCUAAGACUCAAGCCUUUGUGAGGGUUGGUUCCUUAUUCAAUGUCAAAGUGAAUCCUGUGGAACAGUACUGAAAAUGAACUUAGGUGAUUGUGUUUUCCUUUGCUUUUCGGUUCCUUGGAUUUGGGAACUCUUUUUGCCUGUUGCGAAGUCCAUUGCUGGCAAUUGGACAGACUGAGGACUGCUGGCCAAAAAAUAGUAAAACAAAACAUUUGCUGUUUGUGGCUGUCCUUAACCUCACUGAAGAAUUUAUAGCAUGUUGUAUGAAUGUAUGUGUGUCUGGAGAAGGCUUUCUGCUGGACAGGAGGCUUAUUCUCCAAGAAUGUGGCAGCGUUGUCUUGCAUGCCCAAGUAGAUAUGGCUAGUGCUGCAUCGAGUAGCAUGGCUGGAAGCUGUGCCUAUUGCAGGGCCAUCAGUAACCAUUGGGAUAAUGACUACUCCUGACCUGUUUCGGUCACAAGCAAACUCGCCAGCUUUUGGUCAUACAGAAGUGCCAUAUUUAUGAUACAUAUCAAGGAUGUUUGCAGUUCAGCUCUGGAAGGCUGCGAUGUAGUGCUGAGCACUUUCUUACCAUUCCAUGUUUCCACUGGUUUAUCUACUACCAAAUUACUUGAAUGUUGCAAUGGCUCUGAUUGAGCCAUGAGUUUCCCUGCCUCCUCGUCCUCCUCUCCCUGUCAACAUGAAUAUUUAGCAUGAAACACAGAGCUUAUGCAUGCCUAUGUUUUUGUAGACUUCCUUUGUUGCUUCGAAUGUGGUUUUUAAUGUUUUAAAGACUCUAAGGGAUGAAUUAAGCUAGUAUUUGAUAAGCUUUUUACAAAAUAAAAGCAUCUCUUUUUUCCUGCAGAUACAAAUUUUAACUCCAGUCAGACUAAGGUACAGAGAAUGAGGGAAAACUUGUUCAGCAUGCCGUGCAUCUUCCCAAGAGAAAUAUAUGUAGGCGGGGAAACUGAUUGCUGUUCUCCCAAGCAUCCUACUUAAAGAGUUGCUUUUUCAUUCACUUAUGAAUGAAGCCUCAUUUAAGAAUAAAAUGGAAAAUAAAAGGAAAAUCUCUUUGGACAAGUGGCAUUGACUUACUGUGGUCAAUCUGUUUGUCUGCUCUAUCCCUCAGUGCCAGGAGAGCAUAACUCAGUGAGAAUGAGCCAUUUAAUUGCUCACAUGUUUCUCAUGGACUAGUAUCAGGCCCAACUAACUUUGUGAUUUGAAUCUGGUAAAGGGCCUUUAGCUUUUCCCACAUACCAGCAAAUUUGGAUGCAGACAUCAUACCCAAACCCUGCUAAGUAUUACACAGGGCCUCUUCUUUGAGACUGUCCCACAAGGAAAACUUACAUAGCCCACUUUUCAGCAAGGGCAAACCUUUGCUUGAAACCCUGUAAGCUUUUUGGAUACUGCCUCCGCUGUGGCUUAGAUACAAAAGCAUCUCCCUUAUUUGUAUCUGUGUGUAUGUAUGCACAUCUGCAAGAGCAGAUGAUUGACUUUUUUCCCUUUUUUUUUUAACGAAAAAAAACAAAAAAUUAUUGGUAGCAAGCUUGAAAAAUAAUUUAAAUGUGUUUGGAACAUGUAAAUAAAUUUCUAUAAAUCUGUGUAAAAGAGAACUGAAUGUAUUUAAUGGAGCAUUUAUACAUUUCGGAGUAACUCAGUAGUUUAAUAAAGUUCCCAUUUACUGGG